AUGAAUCCGCAGGGGUUGCAGUUCCCGCUCGGCUUCCCGCAAUCUCAACAGCCCAACUUCAUUGCGGGGAUCCAGCCGAGCGCCGUCUCUGCUGCUUCAAGUCAGAUGGGCAUGCCUGCCGUCAGCGAUUCCAGCAACAUGGGCUCUCAACUGCAAAAUGCAGCUCAAAUGGUUCAGUCAAUACGCGCCAAUAUCGCCGCGCUUCAACGCCAAUGGGCGGUCAUUUCCAGUCAGCCUGACGGGCCUACCAAGACCAGUGCACAGCAGCAUCUUGCAUCGCAGCUCAAGCGCUUGCAGAUGAUGGAGCAGUCGGCCAUCCAGUCGAUGGGCGCCCAUAUUCCACCAGGCGCCCAGCUCAAUCAAGCUCAGCAAUCAGGUCAGAUCAACAUGCAGCCACAACAGGCACAGCAACAGCAACAGAAUGCCAUGAUGCAAGGUCUUAGUCCGGCGCAGCUCGCGCAAAUGCAGCCUCAACAGGGCCCGAACGGCAACACUAUGGACCUUGGCUUUGGCGCAUCACAGCAGAACGACCUGAACCAGCUUCAGCAGCAACAACAACAACAACAGCAGCAGCAGCAGGCACAACAACAGUCACAACAACAGUCGCCCUUUGGCCAGCCAGGAAUGCAAUCGCAACAGAUGCAGGCAAACCAGUCUCAACCACAGCAGCAAGGUUUCAACCCAGCACAGGCAGCAGCAGCGAGCCCGUCGACGCAAGGUGCCGCGGGUCCUGGCAUUGCAGCACCGACCGGCGGUGCCAAGCGCGACUUUGUUGGUACCGUGCGCAACUUCAUGCAACAACGCGGAACGCCUUUUCCCCCACAGCUCUCCCUCAGCUUUGUGGGUCCAGCCUCUUCCAACUUGCCCGGCGACACAAAGACGAUCGAGCUGCAAGCACUUUUUGCUGCCGUCAUGCACUUCGGAGGCUCUCAGCGCGCUACACAGAUCCCUGGCUUCUGGGCCGUCAUUGCUAGCCGGCUCGGCCUCAAGGUUGGCCCACCCGACGGCACCCAAUCCGCUCCGGAUGCCGUUCCGAGUCCAGGCGAGGUUCCCGACCGCCUCUCUGGCUUUUACCGCGAUCGCCUCUCGGCAUUCGAGCAAUUCUGGAUGUCACGCAUGCCACAGCGUCAAGCCAGCGGUCAGAGUGAAGCUGCGGGUACUCCUUCGGCUCCGGGUCCCAACGCGACCGCAACGGAUCCCAACACUCAAGCAGCCCAAUCGCAAACCGCACAGCCACAGCACAUGCAACAACAGCCGGGGCAGCAACCGCAGACCCCGCAACAGCAACAACAAAUCUCUGCGCAACAGCAACAGCAACCGCAUCAGCAUCAGCCACAGCCACAGCCACAGCCACAGCAGCAGCAGCAAGGAGCGCAGCAAGCAGCAGCUCCUGGACAGCCUGCCGCCAACCGACCCGGCGCCCCCGCUCAGGUCACACCGGCAAAUCUUCCUGCCAACUUGCACCAGCAGAUGCUCCAGCUGCAACACCUCGUGGCGACAGGUCGCAUUACCUCUCAGCAGGCUCGCGAGCGUUUCGUUGCCAUGCAGCAGGCUACACGCCAACUGAUGGUCAAGCAGCAACAGCAGCAGCAGCAGCAAUCACAAUCUGGCUCAUCAAGCGAUGCUUCGCAGGCACAGCAACAGCAGGCACAGUUCCAGCAAGCUCAGCAGCAGCAACCGCAACAACUACAACAGCAGCAGCAGCAGCUACAAAGCGUCGGGAUGCCCAACGGCUCCCAAGGGUUCCCUGGGAUGCCGCCAAUGAACCAGGCUCAGCCAUCGCCGAGCUCGACGCAACGCGGGACCCCCGCCGAGGCAUCUCCGGUGCCGAAUCAAGGUGGCCCAUCUGGCAACAUGCCAGGAGCACACCCAGGCCUGUUCAACGACCCCAGCACGAUGCUUGCCCAGCAACAGCAAUUCCAGCAGCAAGCACAGUCUGCAGGUCAGCCUGGUCCCCACGGUGUGCCGCAGUGGCCAACACAAGCAUCUGCGGGCAUGCCGCCCUCUCCGACCAAGCCACAAGCGAUGAACGGUACCAUUCCAAACACACCAACGACCGCCUCCAAGCCGGAGCCAAAGCAGACAAAGAAGAAGCGCAAGAAGACGGACGGCGGCUUGACCACGCCCUUGCCUGCAGGCGUUGGCGUCGGGGUCGGUGCGGACGUGAAGCCACCGGUUGCACACCUCGGCGAUCAACCAGGCGGUUCCGGGCCGAUGGCGGGUCAGUCGCCGAUCGGAGCGCCUCCCGCACCGACUGCAGCGCCACCUCAGGCUGAGAAGCAGGUCAUCCCAGGAACAUCGCAGCCUGUCGGACCUCCUGCGCCUCCUCAGAAGCACAAGAUCGAAUACCUGCCCAUCCGACGCGACGUCCACACACACGGAGGCUGGGAUCUCUCGUUGGUCGAAUCUCAAUAUGCGCCGGCGAUGCUGACGCGAGGCCGCCCACGAACGCUGCGCGAGCUAGGUCUGGUGGACGUGCAGGGAUUGACCAUGUCGUUGCGAUCACGCCUCGACUUUGAGAUUUCGUAUUCACUCAACACGCUGUUGAUUCUGUCAGCAGGAGUUGGCGCUGCGCCUAGCUUUCAGUUCGCAUUGGCUGCGUGCGAGGACCUGCUCGAGGAGCUGCUGGACUUGCUCGAAGAAACGAGUUUCCGAGGAAAAGCAGAGGAUGUUGCGGCACAAAAUCUAGACGAACUCGUCUCGCAGAACAUCGCGCACGGUGGAUCCGCGCGUCGUCCAUCGAAGCGACAGCGCCGGGAGAGGGGCAUCGACUCGUUGCCGACCUACCGGGAUUGGAUCGCAGCUGCAGCAGCAGAAGAGGCGGAGCUCAAGAUUUGGAGGCGCAGAAAGGCAACGCGGUCACGUUCGACGGCAGGCAGCGUUCUUAACGGCGGCAGCGAGGCGGAUUCGCUAGCUGGAACUUCGACAGCAGCCUCGAGCUACGAUGCGCUGGAUGGCACGACGAUCUCAACCAACGGCGUCGAGUCGGAGCAAGAGCGGUCGACAGAGAACAAGGCGGCGACCGCCUUGACAAUUUUGACCAUCAUCAAGAACUUCAGCACCAUGCCUGAGAACAUGGUCUUCUUCAACAAAACGCCUAGGCUGCUGCGGGUGCUGGCGCGGCUGUGCCAGAGCGAUGCCGAGCGUGUGCGUGCCAGUCAAGGCGGCGACGAUGACGUCGAUGAUAGUCUGGCCUUGGAGGGCGGUCAAAGCACAGUAUUCACGACGACCGAGGCGCUGCGUGUGCGCAAGGAGGUGCUGGUGGUGGUGUCGAACCUAGCGGGCGAAGUGCUUGCGCUCCGCAGUCAGAGCGCAGAAACGGUGCAAGCGCUGUACGAGCUGCUGGCCUCGUUCAUCUUGGAAGCGGGCGCGGUGGAAGAGAUGGACCACGUGGCCGAGAUCGCCGAGCUGGCGGCUUCGCUGCCACCUGGAGCGCCUGCCCCGCCCGUAAUUCGACGCAUCCCCUACCAUGCGGAUUUGGCACUGGACGCGCUGUCCAAGCUGGCGCUGCCGGACGACAACCGGGAGGUGCUGGGUGGGCUGAUCGAUGGGCGAGACCUGGAGCGACUGGUGGACGAGAUGGUCAAGAUGCUGCCGGUGACGGACGCCGACUUCAAGGUGCUCAACACGGAACAUCGCUUGGGCUACUGCGAGCGCCUGUCCAUGUGUCUGUACAACCUGGCGUUUCUCGCGCCUCCGUCGGUCAAAUUGCGCCUCCGUCGCAUCCCCGGUCUGUCGGGUAUCGUGCUUCGCAUUGUCAAGAAGCUGGCACGCGCAACACCCGACUUCUCGCGCAACCCGUUCUCGGUGCUCUGCAGGCGACUUGUGGAAGCGCUGCGACUCAUCUCGGACGGGCAGGACAUGUUUGGCGCGCCGGCCCUGCUCGGGUUCGGCUUCGCAGACGACGCGAGCGCGGCAGCAGCCAGCAGCCUCGGCAGCAAACAGAUCGGGCUGCUGCUCAACGACGAAGAGGGCGUCGUGGAGAUCCUGGGCACCAACGAGCUCGACGGUGUGCUGAGCGACGAGCUGUACGCUCUGAUUGCGAGCGGUUGA